UCGUCAACCUCCACGCCUCUGGUAUCAUCAUCACCACCACCCCCGCUCUCCCAACGCCACUGCCGCCCCAUGGCUCGCAUCAACCUGCCCCCGUUGACCCGCAGCCUGCUCGCCUCGCUCGUUCUCUUCACCCUCCUCAACUUCGCCCUUCGGCCCACCCCAGAUUGGCGCGAAAAGGCCGAGAAGCCCUUUGUCAGUGUCGGCAAUGGCGUGCCCUAUCUCUCCAUCGUUCCCGGCGUAUCCAUAAUCUAUCCCUGGGUAUUCCUGCUAGCCACUGUUGUUGAGCAGAAUGUCUUCGGUCUGAUCAUAACUGGCUUGACCAUUUUCUACGGCGGCCGAUAUCUCGAACGCGCAUGGGGCUCCACCGAAUUCACAAAGUUUGUCUUGUUCGUAGCUAUGAUUCCGAACCUCCUCAGCUUUUUGCUCUAUGCUUUUGGCUAUCUUCUCUCCAAGAACGAAGCUGCUUUGAACACUACCAUCUCCGGUGGCAUUGCCAUUCAGGCUGGAUUUCUUGUAUCCUUGAAGCAGCUCGUUCCCGAACAUACCGUAGCGAUCGCAAAAGGCCUGGUCCGCAUGCGCGUGAAGCACUUCCCCGCCAUAUUCCUCCUCGCCAAUACCAUCUCAGGCCUUCUACUAGGCACCGAAACGGCCAUGUUCUUGGCCUGGUUUGGCUUUUUCACUGCUUGGAUAUACCUGCGCUUCUACCGUGUCACCCCUUCUAUAUCCUCGGCCGCAACUGGAGACGGAUCUGUCAUCAAGGGCGACGCUUCCGACACAUUUUCCUUUGCUCAUUUCUUCCCCGAGCCGUUACAGACCCCCAUUGGAUCCAUAGCCGACCAAGUCUACGCCACUCUGGUCUCCAUGAGAAUCUGUACACCCUUCUCCGCCGAAGAUAUCGAUGCAGGUAACGAGCAGGCCAGUGCGCGCGCCGAAGGUGGUCUGCCCAGCAUCAUGAAUCCGAACAGCCGAGGUGGGAGGGGAGGAACAACUCGCGCCGAAGCGGAGAGGAGACGUGCACUGGCACUGAAAGCCCUGGAUCAGAGGCUACACGCCGCAGCAUCUCGUCCGCAGGUACCUGUGCCUACCGCCCCUGAGCCUGCGGUACUUUCGCCACACGGAGACACGAAUUACGAACCCGAACAACACGACGAGCCCCAAAAGCCUGCCUCAUAG